CCUCCACCUCCUUAGCCAGCUAAGUCUUCCCAUCCUUGCCCAGCUGGUGUGGUGCUCGUGUUUCCGCACCUCGUCGCGUAGAGUCGCUGCCGAGUGGGCGCUCGGUGUUCGGGUCGUCAUGGCUGGUUACGAAUACGUGAGCCCGGAGCAGCUGGCUGGCUUUGAUAAGUACAAGUACAGUGCUGUGGAUACCAAUCCACUCUCUCUGUACGUCAUGCAUCCAUUUUGGAACACUAUAGUCAAGGUAUUUCCUACUUGGCUGGCUCCAAAUUUGAUAACCUUCUCUGGCUUUCUGCUGGUUGUAUUCAAUUUCCUACUUAUGGCAUACUUUGAUCCUGACUUUUAUGCUUCAGCACCAGGUUACAAGCACGUGCCCGACUGGGUGUGGAUUGUAGUGGGUGUCCUCAACUUCAUAGCCUACACUCUCGAUGGUGUGGAUGGAAAGCAAGCCCGGAGAACGAAUUCCAGCACCCCUUUAGGGGAGCUUUUUGACCAUGGCCUGGAUAGUUGGUCAUGUGUUUACUUUGUUGUGACUGUAUAUUCCAUCUUUGGACGAGGACCGUCUGGUGUCAGUGUUUUUGUUCUCUAUCUCCUGCUAUGGGUAGUUUUGUUUUCUUUCAUCCUGUCCCACUGGGAAAAAUAUAACACAGGGAUUCUUUUCCUGCCAUGGGGAUAUGACAUUAGCCAAGUGACUAUAUCUUUUGUCUACAUAGUGACUGCGAUUGUGGGAGUUGAGGCCUGGUAUGAACCUUUCCUGUUUAAUUUCUUAUAUAGAGACCUAUUCACUGCAAUGAUUAUUGGCUGUGCAUUAUGUGUGACUCUUCCAAUGAGUUUAUUAAACUUUUUCAGAAGCUAUAAAAAUAACACCUUGAAACACAAUUCAGUCUAUGAAGCUAUGGUUCCCUUUUUUUCUCCAUGUUUGCUCUUCAUUUUGUCUACAGCAUGGAUCCUUCAGUCGCCUUCAGAUAUUUUAGAGUUGCAUCCAAGAGUAUUCUACUUUAUGGUUGGAACAGCCUUUGCCAACAUCACAUGUCAGCUGAUUGUUUGUCAAAUGAGUAGCACCCGGUGCCCAGCUUUGAAUUGGUUCCUGGUUCCUCUUUUCUUGGUUGUCCUGGUGGUAAACUUAGGAAUAGCCUCUUACGUCGAGAGCAUUCUCUUAUAUACUUUAACAGCUGUUUUCACUCUGGCCCACAUCCAUUAUGGAGUACAAGUGGUAAAGCAGCUGAGCAGCCAUUUUCAGAUUUAUCCUUUCUCAUUGAGGAAACCAAACUCAGAUUGACUAGGAAUGGAAGAAAAGAACAUUGGCCUGUAAUCUACAGAAAAAAGUACUGUAAAUAAGAUGCUUGUAAAUAUUUCAUCCAUCACCAUUGAACUAAAAUGACCUGCUUAACAGACCUGGGAACUCAAGUUUGUAGAGUACUUGGACAGCAGGAGGGAUACAAAUGAUCUGAACUUAUGGAAUUUUGGAUCUGCUAACUCCCAACGUAUUUUAUUUUUUAUAAAACCAUGUGGCAUUUUGGUUAAGCAUUAUGUACUUUAGACAAGCAAAAUGUUUCUAGUGAUUUUAGCUUCAUGAAUCUAUGGUAUUUUGGUUCAUACAGAGUUAAGGAUGCUUUGUUUUUAUUUUUAAAGUCCCCAAAUUGGUUUAGGAACACUGAUAACGUUAAGAAAAUGGCAAAAUGUUUUCAUAUUUGGUACUACUUUAGUAGUAGAUCUUUAGAGGUGGAAGUUAUCAAUAGCCCAAAUCUAAAACAGGGAAAAGGUAAGAGCAAGUCACCUUUAGCAAGAGAUGCCAAAUGAUCACAGAACUAUGAUGUACAGUUGCCAAAUACUGGUUUCUCUUUCCCAUGGAAAUGCCUUUUUUCCUCAUGCGCUGAGAGAGCUGGUAUAUAUAUAUUUAGAUUCUCUAGUAUUCUGGCUCUCUUUGUUUGGGAGAGAUCUUGAUAAAUGACUUAAUUUUCUUUUAAAGAAAAAUGUUCAGUUGACUUAGCAGAGAGUAGAUCAUAAUUGUAGCUUACCCAUUGACAUGGUUCAUCGUUUAAAUGUGGCAUUUCCCCCCUCAGCUGCAAGUUGCUGAGACUGGGUACCCGAGAACUAUGUUUAUAUGAAUGCAUGUGACAGCCCCAGUCUUACGAUAAUUACUUGUAGGGAACGCAGGUAAACUUCCUUAUAAGAGAAAUUUACUUUGGACUUAGAAAUCUCAUGAGCCUCACUAUGAAUUCCUGCUAUGAACCGCACUACAAAAUUAGUUUUCUGAUUCAGUUUGCCCUGCCUUCCUUCCUACCCUCUUCCUUCUGUCCGUCCAUCUCUUUUUUACGGAGGUGAGAGUGCUGUGUUUUUUAUUUCAUAAGGGUAAAGAAGUAGAAAUUCUUCCCUUCCUGACUUGCCCGCUUCCCCGUUUGAAGAAAGUUUUUGAUAUAUAUGCCUUACUGAGUACCUACUGUCUUUAAUGUGACUUGGAAUAAUUUUUGAGGUUUACUGACAAACAUAAAAAUCCCUUUGACUUAACUGUGGUUGAUCUGUAGAUUACACCUUUUCAUGAAUGUGGAUAUAUUAUUUCUUUUUGACUCUGUCUCCAUUUAGUUUGGUGGUGGUGAAAUUUACUUGCUGAUUUUCUUUUAUUUUCCACCGAAUGAAGUUUGUGCUUGAAUGAAGAGUGUAUCUUAAACCCUUUUUUUUUUUGGAUGGAUUGCACUUGGAUAAAAUAGGCACCACUGUGUUGAUAUGUAAUUAAAUUCUUAGCCAUUAUUUAUCUAUGAAUGUGACCAUUGUUAAAUUUAAUUAUAGUGUAUUCCUUUUUGAAUUUCAGUCUGCUGCUUUGUAAAAAUAACUAUGUAAUCGAUAUUUCAGCUUUUAAAUUUGUAAAUCCUAAUCAUUGUCAUCCAGGCUAUUAGAAAUGAGGAGUCAAGGAGCUAACUUACGGUUCUGUACUCAUUUUUAAAAAUGGUUCAUAAAGAUUGAGAUAUAUUCGGUGACUUUUUCUGAGACUGAACAUGAUGAGAAAUGGAUGCUGGAAAAUGUGGAUAGUGAUUCUAUGUUAAUAAAUCGCCAUCAUGGAGGUCAGAGAAUGAACAAAUUAAGUAACGGUAACUCUUUUUUGUAGACCUUGUUUUUUGUCAUCUAUAAAAUUGAAUAGGAUUAAGUGGUAAUUUGGGCUGGGAACAAAGCUUUGUUCUAAGGUUUCUGAUCUAAUCAUUUUACCUUUUGUUGAUCUUGUACACAAGAAUGAGAUUAAUCUGUAUUAUAUAAGAAGAGAAUUGAGAAAUGUUUGUAAAUGACAAAUUUGGACCACAGGCUUUCUUCACCUUGUACAGUAUAGUUAAAAAAAAAAAAAA